UCGGCUCUGCGAGCGCAGCGCAUGCGCACUGGAGCUCACGGGAAGCCAUGUUAAAGUUACAGUCAAGUACUGAGAGUGAGAUUCCCUUCUGACGCCGUAUGUUUAUUUUUUCCCGUUUUUCUCCUUUCGUCCGUGUCAGGGCCCCCAGCAAAUCUAUCUUUGAUAGUCAGAGGCCGGAGUCCCCAAGAUGAACUCUAGUUUCGAUCUAUCCAGGCGAAAUCCGCAAGAGGAUUUCGAGCUUAUCCAGAGGAUAGGCAGCGGGACCUACGGGGAUGUUUACAAGGCCCGUAAUGUCACUACAGGAGAGCUGACUGCUAUCAAGGUCAUUAAAUUGGAGCCAGGAGAGGACUUUGCAGUGGUUCAGCAGGAAAUAAUCAUGAUGAAAGACUGCAAGCACUCUAACAUUGUGGCCUAUUUCGGUAGUUACUUAAGGAGGGAUAAAUUAUGGAUAUGUAUGGAAUACUGUGGGGGAGGUUCACUGCAAGACAUAUAUCACGUUACUGGGCCACUAACAGAAUCACAGAUAGCAUAUGUAACAAGAGAAACCCUUCAGGGUUUAUUUUACCUACACAACAAAGGAAAGAUGCACAGAGACAUAAAGGGUGCCAAUAUUUUAUUGACGGACAAUGGUUACGUCAAGCUAGCUGAUUUUGGUGUGUCUGCACAGAUCACAGCAACACUAGCUAAAAGAAAAUCCUUCAUCGGGACUCCUUAUUGGAUGGCCCCAGAGGUGGCCGCCGUGGAGAGAAAAGGAGGAUACAAUCACCUGUGUGACAUCUGGGCUGUGGGCAUCACCGCCAUUGAACUAGCCGAACUGCAACCUCCCAUGUUUGACCUUCAUCCAAUGAGGGCUCUGUUUCUGAUGACGAAAAGCAACUUUCAACCCCCCAAAUUAAAAGACAAAGUUAAAUGGACCAAUAAUUUCCACAAUUUUGUGAAGCUGGCUUUGACGAAAAAUCCAAAGAAACGGCCACCAGCUGACAAGUUAUUGCAGCAUCCCUUUGUGUCCCAGCCGUUAAGUCGUAUUUUGGCGAUUGAGCUGCUGGAUAAAGCGAACAACCCUGAUCACUCGUCCUACACAGACCUGGAUGAUGACGACCCAGAGCCGGAGCCUCCAGUGUCUGUUCCACAUCGGAUUCGCUCAACAAGCCGUACCAGUCGGGAAGGGAAGACUCUGUCAGAGAUUAACUUCGGUCAGGUGAAGUUUGACCCUCCUUUAACAACAGAGACAAAACCACAUCAUGAACCGCCCGACACUGACGAUUUUUUGGACUGUGCCGAAGAAAUAUACUACACUGCAAGAUCUAAUCUGGAUUUACAGAUGGAUUAUGAGCAGGGAUCCCCUAAAGGUUCCAUCCUGGGAGGAAACAAGAGCCUCUUGAAAUCUGUUGAAGAGGAGCUGCAUCAGAGGGGGCAUGAGGCUCAUUUGGAGGAUGAUGAUGAGGGUGAAGAUGAUGGUGAUGAUCAUGAUGAUGAAUUGCAACACACAAAAAGCUCCACUAUGAGGCCUAAGUUCCCACCACCGCUUCCUCCCAAACCAAAGCCCAGUCCCGAACCACAUCAAAGCCCCUCCGGUGAUCAUGACGGUAACCAGGGCACUAUAAAGCGCUGCCCGGGGCCCGAAAGCCCAGCUCGAUCAUCCACCAACAUACCCCCUCGACCUCCACCUCCUCGACUGCCCGCAAACCAGCUCAGCAGUUUAGGUAAUGAGACCAAUCGGGAAGAACAUGGCCCUUGGGAAACCCAGGGGGAUGCUGGGAUAUGUAGUCAGUUUGACGAGAGGCUACAGGUCUCGUUUGAUGAAGAGGAAGAUCGUGAUGAGGAAGGAGACAGCAAUGGAAUAAGCCCAUCUGAACACUCGCCCUCAACAGAGAGACAGUCCACAAUGCCCCCUGCUGUUCCUAUACCAAAGGACAAGAGAGAUUUUCCAAAACCCAUCAGCAAUGGUCUCCCACCGACUCCAAAGGUUCAUAUGGGAGCAUGUUUCUCAAAAGUCUUCAAUGGCUGCCCAUUAAAAAUACACUGUGCUACCUCAUGGAUCAACCCAGGCACACGAGACCAGUAUCUGAUAUUUGGAGCAGAGGAAGGUAUUUACACAUUAAACCUUAAUGAGCUGCACGAGACGUCCAUGGAACAGCUUUUCCCCAGGAGAUGUACUUGGCUGUAUGUCAUGAGCAACAGCCUGCUAUCAAUAUCCGGAAAAGCAUGUCAUCUGUACUCUCAUAGUCUGAUGGGCCUAUUUGAACAUGCUCGACAAAUGCAGAAACUCCCUGUUGCCAUACCAACACUUAAAUUGCCUGACAAAAUAAUCCCCAGGAAAUUCUCAGUAUCCACUAAGAUCCCUGAAACAAGAGGGUGUCAAAAGUGCUGUGUAGUGAGGAAUCCAUAUACUGGUCACAAGUACCUGUGCGGUGCCUUUCAGUCCAGUAUUGUCCUGUUUGAGUGGGUGGAGUCCAUGCAGAAAUUCAUGUUGGUCAAGAGCAUAGACUUCCCCCUGCCGUGUCCGCUGGAGGUAUUUGAGAUGCUGGUGGUUCCAGAACAUCAGUAUCCUCUCAUCUGCAUAGCUGUGAGCAAAGGGACGGAGCUCAACCAGGUGGUGCGUUUUGAGACCCUCAACCCCAACUCUACCUCCAACUGGUUUGAUUCUGAUACCCCACAGAGCUGCGUGAUCCAUGUGACCCAGCUGGAGAGAGAUACAAUUUUAGUCUGCUUAGAUCGGUGCAUUAAGAUUGUAAAUUUGCAUGGUCGGUUGAAGUCCAGUCGAAAACUCUCAGCAGAACUGACUUUUAACUUCCAGAUUGAAUCAAUAGUUUGCCUUCAAGACAGUGUGUUGGCCUUCUGGAGGCAUGGCAUGCAAGGACGCAGCUUCAAGUCCAAUGAGAUUACACAGGAGAUUUCUGACAACUCCAGGAUAUUCCGGCUGCUAGGUUCAGACAGAGUGGUGGUUUUGGAAAGCCGACCAACAGACAACCCCACAGCACACAGCAAUCUCUACAUCCUCGCAGGCCACGAAAACAGCUACUGACCGCAAUGCAUCAUGGGACAAACACUACAUGUUUUCCAAGAGCGUUUCAUUUCAUGUAGCCCGAUGAGAUGGCCACGUCUCAGAAGAACCACAGAGAUGCUGUUGUUGAACCGCUGAGAGCACAGAGGAACGCUUGAAUGGAUAUAAAGAUCUCAGAGUAGAGAAAAUACGGGCCGUAACCACAUGAUAUACUACAGUAUGCACUUUCACCCUUACCUGCUUUAGAGGCCUUGUUUUGGUUUGGCUUCUAGCAGUUUUAAUUUAUUUUUUACCUGAAACACACAUAUAAACACAUGCUCUUUUUUUCCCCCAAGUAAGACUUUUUUUGUUUUGUUUUGUUUUUAGCCACUACUCACAUUUGACGCUAACCACACAAGUGCUUAAAGAUACAUAUUUAAUUCAUGUACAUACAGACAGUAUUGUUAAGUCGUACUCAUUGUAUUGGUUGUGUAGAUAUCAGCACAUUUAUGUUGUACAGGUUUGUGGCAGCAUUGGCUGUUGUAAAGGACUGUGAGAUGCUGGGUACUAUUUUAAAUGACCUCUAGGGCCAGAUCACUUUUGUUAUAUGCAAUAGUUUAGGAAUCACAAAGCUGAAGUGCCCAUCUUUCCAAGACUUGCCUUCUUAACAUUGCUGUUUUUAUUUGUUUGAUUUUAUAUAUAUAUAUAUAUAUAUAUAUAUAUAUAUAUAUAUAUAUAUAUAUAUAUAUAUAUAUAUAUAUAUAUAUAUAUAAGCCAAAUGGUGUUUUUAUUAAGCAACUUUUAAUUCAGUGGCCCUUUAAUUAAUUGUUUUUAACUCUGUGGUAUGCACUCACUCAAUUUGCACAAGGUUAUUAAAAUGUUGAUGUGUACUGUACAUGUCAGUGUAUGUUUAAAACCAUGCCGAUAAUAACAUAUAUAGAUAUAUACACAUUUUUUUUCUUCUUUUUUUUGUUUAUGUGUACAUGACAUGUACAACCCUAAUAAGCAAUAAAUCAUUAGGAUGUCCUUACAUGGUUUUAAAUCAAUCAGACUGCAAGGCUGCUGAUACACAGGGUCACAGGUUUGUGAUGUGGAUGACAUCACUGUCUACAUCAGUUGUGUUUGUUUGUAAUUUGAGUGCUGUACACACCAUUUAGAAGAUUAUGUUUGGAUUUGUAAAUUGCUGUAAACGUUUAGCAGCAUGGACUGGCAUUACAUCACUCUCAGAAAUUAAACAGUUGUUAAAAGUAAAGGAAGUUCCAUCAUAAGAACAGAAAAACAUACUUCCUAAUUUCUCUAGUUUGUUUGUUCGUGAUUGACAAUAAUAAUGCGGUUAUGGAAUUAAUUUUACUUUUUUGUCUGUGUAUAUACUGUAAAAUAAAAUCACAUGGUUUUACAUAC